AUGGACUCUCUAGUAUUGCCAACAGUACACUUGCCUACGUUGAGUCCUUUGACAGUCAACGCUGCAAGCAGUGUCUUUGGUUUCUUGUCAAUUUUUCUUUGCUACAGAGCACUCGUAGCUAGGAAGUUGCCAUCACUACAACAGCUUCUCAACUAUGUCUUCAGCCCCUUCGUAACUCGCUACAAGGCAUGGGCGUACCUCUUCUGGGGUCCAGAGAUUAUUCAAAAGGCAUUCGAUGAGGCAGGUGGCAAGCCCUUCGAGCUGUUUGCUCCAGACAACCGCUACGUCUAUGUAUCCGACCCUCAGCAAAUCAAGGAGAUUGACAAUGCUCCCGACACUGUCUUGUCACUUCAAGCGGCUUCCAAGCAGAUGUUGCAACCCGUAUACACAAUGCAUGGCUUCAAUUGGUUCGAUAGGCGCGGCACCGAAGGAGUCGGCUUUAUCCGCGCUCUUCGCACGCUCUUGACCAACAAUCUGCCUAAGAUCCUGCCUGAUCUUACUUGUAUCAUCCGCACAAGGUUUGAGGAGCUACAUGCUACUCACCCAGUCAUCAAUGGCAAGAGGCAUUCGGAUGUCUAUCACAUGACUGUGAAGCUCGUCGUAUUGUCCAACGCCGUGUCGUUCUUCGGAAAGGAUCUAGCCAAAGAUGAGCAGUUCAUGGUCUCAGCCCUGCAAUACAUUGAGGAGACUCUGGUUUGCGCCGAAAUCGUGCGUCUGCUACCCAGCUUCCUGAGCCCCAUCGUUGGCAACAUCAUUGCUCGCACCCUCAAAUCCCAUGCCGUGAUCUUCAACCGACUCCUCCCCAUCGCCCAAGAACGCUGCAUCGAACGCGAUGCCGCCAUGCUCGGCCAAAAAGUGCCUCAACAUGCUGACUGCAUCCAAUGGAUCAUGGAGACCUCGCCCAAAAACGCCCCAUGGACGCCUCAGCGCGUAGUCCACGAGCUAAUGGCCAUCUGGUUCGGCUCUGUCCACGCUGUCUCUACAACCGUCACUUUCGCUAUUCACGAUCUCUGCCUCCACCCUGAAUACGUUGCCCCUCUUCGUGCAGAGUGCCAGGCACAAUAUGCGGAUUUCGAACGCAAGGGAACGGGCCUGCCGCUGUUGGAUAGCUUUAUCAAGGAGUCUGCGCGGUUGACGCCUGUCGAGUCGCAAAGCACCCGUCGCUCAGCCCUCCAGCCCUUCUCACUCAAGGACGGCACCCACGUCAAUGUCGGCGACUGGUUCUGUACCCCUGUCCGCGCGAUAAUGACUAACCCCGUUGACUUCCCCACCCCCAACACGUUCAGUGGAUUCCGCUUUGCGGACCCGGCGCUUGUCCAGGCUCUGGAGGAUUCCAAGGGAUCGUUUGAGAUUCUCCAGAAGAAACCGACUAAGUUGACGGAUGUGGAUAUGACGUUUCAUGUUUGGGGAACCGGACGCAUGGCUUGUCCCGGCCGCUUCUACGCAUCAGCAGUCAUGAAAGUCAUCCUCGGCCAAGUUAUUCUCAACUACGACUGCGAGCUCCUAGAGCCGAAUGCUAAACGCCUCUUCACAUGGCGCUCAACCAUUCUACCCAAGCCUAGUGCUAAGGUCAUCUUUACGCCACUCAAGGUGUGA